CGGCCUCAACACUGGACGUGCAAAGAUCAGCAUCCUCAGCCACACCAACAGCCGCAGUCAUGAAUGUAGGUAUCUGUGUGUGUGUUCUCCUGGCUGCCCUGUCCAGCAGUUCCCUGGGUCUGCCCUCACAGUCCAUGCCACAGAGAGCUGAGGGUGAGGCUCUCAUGUCAGACAGCCUGCCCCCCCCCUCAUCCAACCACACGCGUCAGGCCCGCUCAGCUCCAGCGCCACCCUCAGGGCAGCUCGCCAACUACAACCAACACAAGGAGAACACAGACCCUCGAAACAGCCUGAACCAGCUUCUGGCCAGACUCAUCUCCAGGAAAGGCUCUCCCCACCAGACCAGAUCCUCCCUCACCAGCAGAGCCAGUGGUCUUGCCCCGGGCCACAGGAUAAAGGACAGAGAUUAUCUCGGCUGGAUGGACUUUGGGAGACGCAGUGCAGAGGAGUAUGAAUACUCCUCCUAAAGGCAUGGCCCCCUUCUACUGAAAAAACCUGAGUUACAAAAAAACAACAACCCUUAACCGCCAAUAAAAGUUCGCAGAAUUAA